AUGGAUUAUCUGACCACCAUACUUGCUUUUUCCCUUUUACUUUACGCCCUUUCAUGGAUAUCAAGAACGAGCAAGAAAAAAGCAGCACCGCAAGCUGGAGGUGCAUGGCCUUUGAUCGGCCAUUUGCAUCAAUUAGGAGGGCCACAACCACCGCACAUAGUUUUAGGCAACAUGGCUGACAAAUAUGGGCCAAUCUUCACCAUUAAGAUGGGACUGCAUCGAGCUCUAGUUGUAAGCAACUGGGAGAUGGCAAAAGAAUGCCUUACUACCAACGACAAAGCCUUCGCUAAUCGUCCGAAUUUUCUAGCUGGUCAGAUUUUGGCCUACGAUGGGGCUAUGCUAGGGUUUAGUCCGUACGGCCCGUACUGGCGUCAACUGCGCAAGACAGCCACACUGGAGCUUCUCUCAAGCCAUAGACUCGAAAUGCAAAAAGCCGUAAGAGAAUCUGAGAUAAGGUUGUCUCUGAAAGAGUUGUACAAAUAUUGGGAUCGGAAGAAAAGUAGCUCAAAAAUUAGUAAGGUUCUGGUAGAGAUGAAGAGUUGGUUUGGAGACAUAACCAUAAAUGUUAUUUGUCGGAUAAUUGUCGGUAAAUCUGUGGGAUAUGCCACCACAAAUGGGGAUGAAGAUGAGAGUACUGAAUCCUGGAAAAAACAAUUGAGUGAGUUUUUUGAUUGGACAGGGAGGUUUGUUCUGUCUGAUACGCUGCCAUUUUUGAGGUUUUUAGACAUAGGGGGACCAGCGAGGACCAUGAAGAAGAUAGCAAAAGAUUUAGACCAUGUUGUUGAAGGUUGGUUAGAGGAGCAUAGGCAGAAGAGAGUAAAUGGUGAUCAGGUAAUUAAGGGAGAGGAGGACUUCAUGGAUUUGAUGCUAUCCAUUUUUGAUGAAGCACAUGCAGCCCAAUUAGGUCGAGAUUCUGAUACCCUCAUCAAAGCCACAUGCCUGGCCCUUAUUUUAGCUGCCUCAGAUACCACAAUGGUCACUUUGACAUGGAUUCUCUCUUUGCUAGUCAAUAAUCCGAAGCUAACAAUGGCUACUCUGCUGCAUGGGUUUGAUUUUGCAACCCCAUCAGAUGAACCGAUUGAUAUGACUGAGAGCAUUGGAUUAACCAACGUUAGAGCCACUCCACUCCACGUUGUUCUGAAUCCACGUCUUCCCGCUCACCUCUAUUUAUAA